AUGUGCAGCACCCCAGCGACGCCGUGGGGCGAAAUGGCGUUCGCCAUCUUCCCUAACGAAUAUUUUCCGACAUUUGAGCAAUCUGAUGGCAUACCGCUGGACGAUUCUAUGAAUGGGCCCUAUCUAGAAGACGCUGGGAGAUCGAUAACGGAAGCCAUACGCGCCGGAGAGUUUGUUGAAGAUUCAGUCCUUAAUAACAAAUGGGAAAGAAUGAAGUCAAAACUGCGCGCGACGAUGGAGGUAGCUUAUCCCGAGCAAACAGAUGAGGAAGAGAUACUUCGGGGAGGUCCUCGAAUCUGGAAAGCUUUCGACCAAGUCCUCGAUGAGGCUGGGAAACCUCUUCGCGCAGACCCUAAAUAUGCACGGCGAAUGUCUGAGUCACCUCGUGUCCAGGCUGAACAGGGAAUAUGUCGCCUUAUCGUCUUCCUUGCGGUUGGGUUCCACAGACAGGACAUCCUCAGAUGGAUGCGAGAUGUUCUCUUGAGGGAAACCACUCAGGCUAUUUCUCAGUAUACCCCCCAGAACGACUACGAAUCCGUUGGCCCGGUGGAAUAG